ACUCAUAUCACAUAUCUAAGCAAUAUCUGGGCGAGCAGAAAUUACCUCCAAAUCAAACUUGCAGCUGAACGAAACGAGUGGGUGAGUCUGAUGGAACGAAGGGCUGGUUGUCUGUCCUGAAAUGGCGGUGAUGUAAGAUUGUCUACCCUUCUUCACCUCACCUUGCGGAGCCCGUCUGCCUUAUCUACUGUCUCAUAAGUUGUCCUCUGAACGGUUUCGUGUUUGUUAUCGCCAGGUGUUCAAAAGUGUAAUCAUAUCAGUGUUUUACCCUAGAAAGUGCAAAUGAUAAAUCAAGCGGUGGAUAAGCAAGUGUUUCGAGUAACGAUGUAGCAAGUGAGUGUUUUUAUCGAAAACCAUAGACCGGCGGGCUACCGCUGCGUUAUGGUCAACCAUGAUCAACCGACCAGACCACGCGAAGUGGAUCAACGGCCUUCCCAGGCACGAUCCUAGGUUGGUAUCCCUGAUGAUUACUUCACGACGCGCUCGCCAGUGCGUGUCCCUUUGUCAGAAGAUCUAAGUAACAAAGAGCACCGGGGCGUUGGAGGUGGAGCCCUCGAGGCCGCCUGCCCGUCGUCGUCGCCCCCACACCACACGACCCAAUAUGUCACGUGAACGAUCCGUCAAAGACCGGGAGCGGCAGAAGCAGCUGGCGCGGGAGAUGCGGGAGUCUCAGGCCGCGUCUGCGGUGCCAAUCCAGGACCGGGAGACGCAGCCCGUGGUGUUCGACGUGGUCCGGCGGUCUCCCAACACCAAAGUCAUUAACAACGAUGUGGAGCGUGUCCUGGGCAAGUAUGAUACCUUUACGAAGGUGGGCGGAAACCGAAUGAAUAUGGUGGGUGUCGAUCAGCAGCCACCCACACCCGCCCCAGCACGACAGCCCAUCCAUGAUCCUGACAACUAUCCCUCGCCACCGCCGCAGCCUUCGGGGCCAGGACCAGGGUCGACCUCAGGCUCCUCUAAGUCACAACGAUCCUUGCCGCCGCCGCCGCCACAGUCAGCCCACAAUGGCACGACGCGCCCGCCCAAAUCCCUCCCUUCCACCAUAAAGCCCCCUCACCCGCCCUCGCAUCACGCCCACCCUAAGAAUGGCGAGGUCAAGGGGAACCUGAAGAGCGGACCAGGGCCAGGGCCUGGGGAGGGCGGAGGCAGGGGCACUUCAGGUUCAGCCAUUCACAAGCCUAGUCUGCCCCACCUCAAGGUCGGGGGUCUGGAUGGCAUGCCCGUGGACACUGCAAUCCAGCAAAUCAUGUCGGAGAUGUCCAUCAAGAAACCGGUCUCCGCCAUCAUCAAGACUCCCCACCAUGACUCCAACUUCCAGUUCCCAAUUACGCCCAUCAAGGAUCCCAUGCCAGCCAAGGAGAGCUCAAACCUAAGCAGGUCACGUCGGGACCCCGUCGAACUUCCACACAAAAUGGGCAACACAGUCGAGCUGUCACGUCAAAGGCAGGCAAAACAGCCUGAUGGAAGUAAUAUUGAUGAUGACCUCGGACUCUCGGAGGAUAGUGAGGAGGAUGAGGAACGGGACAGACCCGUAACAGAUGUAAGACUAUCGGCUGUUACACACGGAGGGAUACAUGCAGGCCAAGUGCAGUCUGCAGUGAUCUUAUCCAGUAACGCAAAGCCACCACUCUCACCAAUUUCACCAAAGACAUCGGAGGAGUCGUCCACGUCGGAUGAAUCAAGUGAUGAUUCAGAUGUGUCUUCCAACAAUACGUCUGAUGAAGAACACCCAGACUCCCCUUCAGCUUCUCCAAAGCCUCAAGAAGAUAAAUCUCCUAAUACAUGGAAACUUAGAAAUUUUAUUCCACAAAGGAAGCCCAGCUCUCCAAUUUCCCAUGGGACUGCAGCACCUGGACCCAUAUCUGGCCAGCAGCCUGAGGAUGUCCGUUCAAUGCCUGUUCCACUUACUGCUCUUCCAACAAAAGGGAAACAACGCUAUACUAAUAAGGCUGCUGCUCCUUCAAGUUCCUCCCACCGUGAAUCUCGCUCGGCCACAGAGCUGAGAGUGCAGUCUAAGCCUGAAAAUAAUGGCCACUACUCUGACAGCUCUGGUGAGGGUGAGAGUCACCAUCGCCCCACUCCCCGUGCCACUGCAUUAUCGCAGAUUUCAAAGUCCAAAGCUGGGUUAUCUAGGAUGAGGGUGUCAAAUGGACCUCAACUCAGCUCAGAUAGUGAAGAUGAGCCGGAGUCUUUUUCUUCAUGGAAAGUUGGAUCAACUCAGUCCCUAAAUGGUUCAAAUAUUUCUGGAAAGGGUGUGUCAAAAAUUCCAGAAAAACCUGCCAAAUCCAUUGUUCCCCCCAUAUCUUGUGAGACAGGUAGAAGAAACUCAAAGAAGAAUCCUGACUUAAAGAAAGAUAAUCAGGUUGGUGCCAAAUCUGAAAGUGUAAAAUCAAAACGUACCAGCAAAUCACAAAUACAAACUGACAGUGAUGACAGCAUUAUAGAUGUAGUGACUACUACCCCUGAAAAGGUGCAGUCUAGAGGUACUCCAACUUCACAACGUACUCCAUCAAGAACACCCAAAGAUUUCCCAAAGGUUAUUCCCAGUCCUGUGAAGUCAGUCCAGGCCAGCCCUCAUGCAUCUCCCAGGACUUCAGUCUGUGUAUCUAGUAAAAAUAGUGCAAAGAGAUCCAGUAGUGCAAGACUCAGUGAAUCCCAGAGCUCUGAAUCCUUAGUGAGUAAAAGUGACGAUGAAAUUCAGCCUCACACUGGCCAUAGUCAGAGUAGUUCUCAGAAGCUUGACCAGGCCAGGGACAAAGGGGGAAAGGUGAAUCGAACAUUUAACACUUUAUCCAAAAAAGAUAAGAUGGGAAGGGACAAAGACCCUUCAGAUAGUAGAAAAACAAAAAAUUGUGAUACAAGGAAAGGUAGUGGUGGUAAUAAAGACAGCAUUGAAAGGAGUAAAACCGAUAGAAGCAGAACAGUGAGUGAGCCCAGCCCAGCAGAUAGCAGAAAUGAGGGAAGGCCAGGUGCCUCUCCUAUAGUUAGUAAUAAGCUUUGUGAGUCUCCUAUAGUUAGUGCAGAACCAAAAGUGCCCAUACCCCAAAUACAGUAUGAAAAUGGUGUAGCAAGACUUACUUGUACAAUUCCCCUUAGCUUUAUUGAUAAAGUGCCCAAACACAGUGAAAACAGUGCAUCAAGUAUAUCCAAAACUGAUAUUAAACAAGAAGUAGACACAAAAGAUAUACUUGAUAAUAGAACUAGAGAAGGAAAAGGUAAAAGAAAAACAUGUGAUCCUAAUACUAAAGCAUCAUGUAAUGAAGAUAAGUCAAAGUCUAUAAUUUUAACGUCCAUAUUUAAAUACAAAACUGAACAAGAGAAAGUUAAAAAGGAAACAAAAACUGAACCAGUCAAUAGUGAUGAAGAAGAUUCAGAAAAAGUUGACAUCAAGCUUUCUCACAAAAUUAAAGAGGAACCUGAUGACACACCAUUGGUCAGACCUGGUAGUGUCAGACAGCGUAAUGUCUCAGCCAGUCCAAUGUCAUCUAUUGCAUCAGAUAGUUCUACUUCACGUCAACAUCAGAAGAAGAAAAAGAAAGAUAAACAGCCAGAAAAAUCUCCACCUUCUCGAGACAGGAAGAGGGCACACAGUAAUAGUGAACGUAUCCCAUCUGAACAUGGAAGUGUACCUCCAACUGACAACAGUUCCAGUGAUGCCCGUAGAAGCAGGCGAGACACAAGUGUCGAGAGUGAACGCAGUACCAUCACGCGUAAAAGAGAGCACGAACGGGAUAGCAGUUUGGAGAGUACUAAGAGCAGCUCGCGCAGUACCAGUGAAUCAACGGAAAAGCGCAGCAAAAAGGCUAGACUGUCAAAGGGGACUAAUGAUGCAGCUGAUGUUCCUAUGAACAGUCCAGAUGUAAGAUCAGCAAACCAACAGAUGGUUGAUAAUAGCCAGAAUGUAUGGCCACAAGAAGAAGACAUACAGCAAUCCAAAUACACUCAAAGAUCAAAGCAUUCUCAACAUUCUAGUCAGAAGGAUUAUAAGAGCUUACCAGAAGAUUCUGGAAGAAAUCAAGCUACAGAGUUUGGUGAAGAAGAGGAGAGUGUUACAAAUGCCAGUCAAGCAAAUCAGCUGGCUUUUAGUGGCAAGGAAAAAGGUGAAGCAAAUGGUGCAACAGCCAGCACGGAGUCUGGUUACCAGCCAAGACCCACAUCAGAACAUGAAUCCAAUGUCAACAGUGCACUAUAUAGGUCAGCUAAUGACCAAACAGGGACGACUCAGGCAGGGGCAAUGGAUUCCUCAACAUCUGUAGCUCAUUUAGAAAGCAGUGCAUCUAUGGUACCACCUGUUACUCAUAGAUUGUCAGGUGCAACCACAGUAGUUGGAUCUGGGGCUGUACACCCUUCUCUUGCUACUGGUCGGCCAGCUGUAGACCAGCAUGGGAACUAUGCGAACCCUCAUGAGAGACAUUAUGGCUCUUAUCCUGAAAGAUUUCCAGAAGUUAAUAGGGAUUACACAUGCUACCUGAACAAAGCAAAGGAGCUAAAGCACAUAGCUGAUGGGGAAGCUGACCGUUCUAUGCAGGCCAUGAAGUACCUCGAGGCUGCCCUCUAUUUCAUACUGAGUGGCAGGGCAAUGGAAAAUGAUCAUGACACCUCUGCACCACUCACAAUGUACAAGGAUACACUGCAUUUUAUCAAGUGGGUAUCAUCUGUAUUUAGAAGAGAAAAUCAAGAGGGAACCAUUAAUUUAAAAUUAGCUGUUAUUAGUUUAAGAUGUCAGAGUCUGCUGUCACUUAAAAUCUACAAGAUGCGCAGAAAUGAGCACAAGGAAAAUCAGCGACAACUGAAUAGAUAUUUCCAGACUGCAGCAAGGGCUGGAGGAGUGGAUGGGCAUGGUAACAAUGGAAAUGGAAACGGCACAAACUGGGGUGGCCAACGGGCAACAGGAUCUCCAUCUCAUUUGUCGCAGACGCCCUCACCUGCUGGUUCAGUAGGAUCAGAAGGUUCACAGUCCUCAGGCUACACAACAAGUACAGAGGGUACAAGACAAAGGAGUGGAUCUGCUCCUGUCGGCCACACCCCACCUCAUCCACAGCCUCCCCAUGGGCCAAUUCAGACAGUUCCUGUACCUGUCAGUAUUCAUGCUCUCAUCAUCAAACAGAACCAGUUGUCUGGCCACCUUGCCUCAGCCCAUGAUAUGUGGAUAGAAGCAGACCAUUAUGUCUACAUGCACAACAUGGAAGAUUUUUUCUCAGAUCUCGAUCGUCAGGCAGGCCAAUUAACCCUCCACUCUUCUCUGUAUGAACUUGUGUGCUAUGUAAUGUUUGGCCUGGAUCGCCUCAGGGGUUAGCCACUUUGGCUGCUGCCUAAAUUUAGGUUCUGCCCACAUAAUGCUUCACACCCAGGCACUGCACUGUUAAAGCCAAGCAGUAAGCAUAAGAGAACCUGGAGUGGAGAUAGUACAACAAAAAAAAUUAUUUACUCAACUGCAGUGGGUAAUGGGACCUCUGUUGUAGCAAGAAGCCUCAAAACCUGCACAGCUCACAUUGCCUUGUCAUCAAUAGAGUGGAUGGAUGCUGGUUUAUGCAGCUUUUACCCACAGGAUCUAGAUACUCAAGAAAAAAUCAAUUUUAAGUUUUUGAAGGAAUAUAUAGUGCAAUCUGGCUUUGUAAAAUUUCCAUAGGUUGUUUUAAGAUCUCAUAGAAAAAGAAAAAAAUAUGGGGAAGAAAAUAAAACAGCUGCUUUUGGGCAGUCAUUUAACAAGGCUAACUUUCUAUGAAGUUAGUAAGUGCAGUGUCAGGGGCCCAAGAACCCAAAGUUUGGCUUCCUGGUGUGACAACUGUGAUGCCUUAUCAUUAAAUUUAGUUAUGGAUGGUUUUAUACAGAUAGUAUCUUUUUUCUCACUUUUAUUUUUUGUGUUAUAUUUCCCACCCAAAAUGUACAAAUUUGCUGAGAGGUCCAUGUGUGUGAAGACAAUGCCUUUGUGUGCUCUUAUGAAGAAGUGCAUUCAUGGCCAACCUCCUGACAAGUGCUCCAAACAACUCUCUACUGAUUAUGGUACUUGAGAGUAGCUUUAUAUACUGAUUAUGGCCAGCUUAGUUUCUCGGAAGUCAGUCAUGACACUUAAGUGAGAUAUCAAGAAUUGUUCUUCAACUUCUAGAAAUCUCUCUUUUUUAGCUGUUUAGCUCUAGACUGUUCUGCACAUUGUUCGUUUGGAACAAAAUUGAGAAGGAUUCACACUCACUGUACUAGGCCGGCAGUGAAGCAACUUAGAAUGGUGCCAGUUUGAGAUACCAGCUGAGGUGAAGUCAGUGAUGAAAAAAUAGUUUCUACACCUCUCAGGAAAGCAUUAAUGGCAAUAAUGCAGAAAAUAUAAAAGGUUUGUCAAACAUGCCAGAUGCUGAGUGAGUGGUAAAUGAAAAUAAUAGGGUUACUUGGCAGCAGUUUAAGGCCAAGGGUUGUGCUAUUGAAAGGUUGCCUUGAACCUCCAUGCCAAUAUGCACCUGCCUGUUUCAACUGGCCUUUUGGCAACUUAAUUAAUAUAUUGUGGCAUGUAACUGAGCACACACUCCCUGCCAGAUGUAUAUUUUUGUACAUAUUUUGAGAUUUAAUAAUGGUACUGACCAUAACUAUGUUACUGAUAUAGUACUUUGUACUGGGCUUUAAUUCCCAUGAAAAGUGAACUUUUGUAAGUGACGAAAGUUGAUAAUGACAAGUGUAUGGCAAUGUUUUGAAUUAUUUUGUCCUCUUUGGACAAUAUUGUUAAGUAUACUUAAUUUUAUCGAUGCUCAUGUGCCGUUAUAGAUAUGAUAUGAAGUUGAUAUUUGUAUUUGUAAUCUUAAAUUAUUUUCAAACCAAGAAUGCAUUAAAUUAUUUUUCUUGUCACAAACCUAGAUGAGAUUUUUCUCAUUCACUGAGGAAAGGCCCUUUACUUGUUUCUUCUUGUUUCCUAUUUUAAUUACCCAGACUGGUUGCUGCUGGAUACAGAUCGCUUGUGAGUUACAUCCUCUCUUCGCAGCUCUCAUCUGCUGUUAGUGAGAUAGAAAGAAUGUCUGGAGUUUUAGGUAACCAUACAGCAUUAUUGAAAUUGUUCUCGUCUUGGAUUAAUGAUGGUUCAGUACCAUGUUAAUUCUAGUGUUCCUAGUACAGAUAUUUCAUUUUAUUUUCUUACUUAUGUUUAUUUUCUUAAGUGUAUAUUUAGUUUGUUCCAAAUCAGAUUAUUCUCUAUUGUGACUACUGGUGAUGGUAGCAGCAGUAACCAGCAUGGGUGAUGAGGGUAGGAGGUUAUGGCCUCACUAGGGACACAAGCUCCUAAUGUUAUGUAAACCUACUGUCUUCCUAGUAUGCCCGAGCACUGGAGGAUAUCACCAAUCUGUGCAGUGUCCUUUCUCAAAUUGCUCAUUAAAUGAUAUAUACACAUAUAUAUGUUCCCCCAAAUUGGCAAAGCCAAAGACAAAAAAAAAUCGGUGCUUUUUUGUUGGUUAUCGGUUCUUCUAUUCUCUCCAAGUCAAUUUAAUCCAGUGGACUGCAAUAUUUUCAAUUGCAAUGAUUUUAUUUUAAAUUGUAGAAGUCUUACAAGUGACAUGAAUUAAAGUUUUACUGGUGCAGGUAGUUGUGUCCCUAGUGAAAUGGGGCAGCUGACCUGCAAGGGAGAGGUUGAUAUAUAAACAGGCUCUGUGUGUGUGUGUGCGUGCUUGUGUGUGCAAGUGAAUGCAUAAGGAAAAGUAAGUGUGUGUGUGUGUGCCCGCGCGCACACGCAAGUGUAUGUGUGCGUGGGUGCAAGUCAGCGCAUAAGGAAAAGUGUGUGUGUGUGUGUGUGUGUGCGCGUGUGCUUGUGUGUGUGCGUGUGUGUGUGUGCACGCGUGCGCGUGCAUGUGUCCGCAAGUGAAUGCUUAAGGAAAAUGUGUGUGUAUAUGUGUGCGUGCAUGCGCACGCUAGUGAAUGCAUAAGAAAAAGUGGGUGUGGGUGGGUGGGUGCGUGCAAGAAAGAAUGAGUGUGUGUGUGUGUGUGUGAGAGAGAGAGAGAGAGUGAGUGAGUGUGUGAGUGAUUGAGCGAGCGAGGGAGAGUGCAUGAGAGUGAGAGUGUGUGAGUGUGUGAGAGAGAGAGAGAGAGUGUGUGUGUGCGUGCGUGCGUGCGUGCGUGUGUGAGUGUGUUAUUGUGUGAGAGAGACAGAAGAAGGGGCACGUGUGUUCGAGCAUGUGUGGAUGCGUAAGUGAAUAGCACUGAUUGCUGCCUGGGCUUGAAGCUCAUGCUGCUGCCAAACCCCCUUGUGUUUGAUUGCAGAAAGAGAAUUUUAAGAUUAGGCAUUGAUUAUAUUGAUCUGUGUUUACAGUUCACUUUCCCAGAACAGAAAUAUGCACAAAAUUAUGCAGUUCCCAUAGGCUCUGAGCCGAGUAAAAGAAAUUAAAUGAGUGAAUAAACUUUAUAUACUUCCAUUGUGAAAGACAAUGUUGAUUUGUGAUAUGUGAACGCCAUUGGCGAUUAAUAAUUUUGCUGACACAGUACAAUGUUCAUCCGCAAAUAUAGUGGAGAUUGCGCCCCAUACACGUCUGAUAACCUGUUCCUUGUUAAUCAUAUCUAUUUAUCCUCAAUGUUAUAAAUUUUUAUCCUUCCAUUAUGUGCCUCUUACCCUGAAGUAUGACACAUUGUUCUGACUUGUCCAGUGUUUUAUAUUCCGUUGUGUACAUGGGAGUUCUGUUCGGCAGUAAUGGGGCGCAUAGAUUGUAAAUUAUUGUUUUACUAUGGAGCAAGAGCUGUGCCUCAGAGCCUUCCAGUGCCCGGGCUGUGGCAGGUAGGGGGAACCCUGCUUCAAUGUAUGCAUCACCACACCCUGUUGACCCACCCCCAUCCUCCUCCUCUUUAGUCUUAUUAGUUAUUAUUAUUAUUAUUAUUAUUAUUAUUAUUAUUAUAAUUAUUAUUAUUAUUAUAAUUAUUAUUAUUCAUAACUAUCAGUAUAAUAUCACUGUCACCAUCGCUACCACCGUUGCCAUAAUCAUUACAAACAUUGUCAUUAUCAUAUAUUAUCAUCAUCAUCAUCAUCAUUAUUAUCAGCAUUUUCAUUGCCAUUAUAAUUUUAUGAUUACUAUUUUUAUUGUUGUUGUUAUUGCUAUAGUUAUUAUUAUCAUUAUUAUCUUUAUUAAUUGGGUGAAUGUUCUGACAUACAAAAUUUUCAACUUAAUUUCUAGCUCUUGAUUUUUUAUUACACCCCAUUAUUUUAUUGGUUAUUUUUAUCUUAAAGCAAUCAAUUCUGUCCCAAUAUUAUAAAACCAUGUAUUCAGUCCAUCUCUUGACUUCUUGUUAAUGCUUUUUAACAACUUCUGUCUACCUAUUAUUUAUAUUCUUAUUAUACUUUCCAUGUAUUUACACCUUUUUCCUGCCUUUGAUCCUUAGUAAGAUUUUGCAGUUGGUUGCUUUUACGAUCCUGGAGAUUUAGAAUAAAAUGUUUCAUUUUGAAUUUCAUUUUAACCUUCUUGUCAUUCAUCUCCAAAUAAGUUAACUUCAAAAUCAUACUGAUCAGUUUCAUUUCAACAGCAGAGAUAUCUAAUAUCCCAAAAUUUCUCAUUAUUAAGAGAAUUCCAGACAGUGGGUGUACAUACAUAAUAUUAUUCUUUGACACUCAAACCAUUUUACUUUGACCUACACCCUUUAAUUACCAGCCAUUUUUAGGGUUUGGUAACAUGUGGAGGUUUUGGGGGUGUUGGUGAGCCUCACCUUAACCACUCACACAUACAAGCCCGUCUUUAUGGAAAGUGUCCUUCCUAUACCCCCACACACUCUGACCUUAUUUAUUAUGACUUAAGUAGUGGUACCAUUUCUGUGUUUGGGCGCCUGGUGUAGAGGAACCCAAAAAAGCUGUACAAAAGGACAGUCUUAUUUCAAAUCUAUGCCAAGAUUGUAGCUACAAUAAGUAAAUGAAUAAUAACACAUGCACAGUUUGCUGUUUUACAGAUAUAUCAUGUACAUAAUAAAGUAUUUCUUAUGUU